AUGGCGCUAGACGAUUUGGAUGGCAGACACAGCGGUUUGCCUCUAUCAAGAAGUCCGGAGGCUCAUAUACGGAUUGAGCCUCCACCACCAGCGGAUGACGGCUUCCGGAAUUCAAUUCCCUUUAACACCAGUCCUAUGCCAGUAUCACUAAUAUCAAUUGAUAGUUUGAAAGGCGAGCAGGACUUCUCACGACGGAGCGUGAAGGACUCGUCUGAUGCAUAUGACCAGCAUCUUCUGUCUAAAAUAGGGAAACCACUCUCUCCUCGACAGUCUUUAAGUUUGGGUACCGAUAAUAGAGGCCCUAUAUCAACACUUCCCAUACCUUCUAGAAAUCUUGGAAGCUUACCCUCACCUGGUGGCUCUGACGGGUCUACGCUCGACGUGAGGUGGUCCAUCAGUUCUCAUUCGGGUGGGAUAUCGCCUGGGACUAAAGUUGGCUGGAGAGACUAUAUCGGUUGCCGAAGUCCGAGUGUUGAGAGCAGUGCGCCUUCUUCUGCGGUAGACUACGAUAAUCCUAACUAUGUCCGCCAUCGGGGAGGUGGAGCCACACCGCAAAACGAAGACUCGCUCAGUCUCCCGAGUCGAUCGAAUCGGGGAAGCUAUGAUCAAGGUAUAUUCUCAGACAUCGAAGGAGAUUUCUCGACGGACGAAUCAUUGCCACCACGUUUAUUCAAUGUUCGUGAAGCAACACCGCCGUACUUGGACACAUCCAAAUCCGGCAUGAAAAGACGAGCAUCUUCUCCUCCGAGAGAACCAAUUAGCGAUGAUAGGCACACGCUACAUGUAACGACAAGUAAUGGUGAUCUCUCGCAGCGAAGGACAUCUGGCCACCCGUUUACGAAUACUCUAUCUGUCAAUAGCGCCUAUGCCCAGAGCCAUGGGAGUAUAUCGGCAGCGUCGACUUUGAGCCUUCGAACUUCUGGAUCGUACUCGUCAGCAGCUCUUUCAGUGGGAGGAAGCAGCGUUACAAGCGCGUCAGUGUAUGAGCGGUCGCCUGGGGGCCUUUCUCCAAAUUCGGACCUCGAAUCAUUCCAUGACAAGUUUCAUCUCAACCCUACCAGCCCUGGCGGAGUUUCAAACCAACCGACAAUGAGAGGUGCUCCGGGCACUAAUACGCUAGAACCACCUAAUCCAAAUGUCGCAAGGAAAAUGUCUUUGCAGACGAGCUUGAACGUCCCAAACCAAGCAGGUUCCAAGAUGGGUGGUUUGUUCAUUUGCGAUUGCUGUCCCAAGAAACCUAAGAAGUUUGACAGUCCCGAGGAACUUCGCGCACAUGAGAUGGAGAAACAGUACUCUUGCUUAUUUUGUAACAAUCGGUUCAAAAACAAAAAUGAAGCUGAGCGCCACCAAAACUCGCUCCAUUUGCGCCGUCAUUCUUGGUCAUGCGCUGCCCUACCAGGAUACCAGGCUGCGUUCCAUCCUUCGUCUUCUCCGUCAAGCCAAACGAAUGCAGGUCCCUCACACGACACCUGUGGUUAUUGCGGUGAAGAAUUUUCUAAUUUCCCUCAGCCUGACUGGGACCGCAGGUUCGAGCAUUUGACGACAGUGCAUAAAUUUGGGGAGUGCAACAAUGCGAAGAAAUUCUACCGCGCGGACCAUUUUAGACAACACUUGAAGCACAGUCAUGCUGGAACCAGUGGAAAGUGGACCAACAUCCUGGAGAACGCCUGUAUGAAAGAGGAAGCGCCUCCUGAACCCAGAAACGCCACUAGCAACGGCGGACCCGGCCCUGCAAUGGGAACGACUGCGACACUUACGUCAAAUAACAUUAACGAGGUCCUCAGCGGCUGCUGA